UCCCAAUUCCAAAUACACAUACUAUCCCUCAAACAAACACACAAAAAGAGGAAGAAAAAUAGAGCCAAAGCUUUCUCUCUCUCUCCUUUACACUAUAACCCUCACUCCCACCAAUUCCUGGAAAUUUCCAAUUCCCAAUCGUAAAAGGUAAAACUAUUUCCCCCACUCCCCCCUUUUUCCCAAAAAAGGAAAAAAAUUUCCCAAUAACAGUCUCAAAUUUGUCCCCACCGAAAUCCAAAUCCAUCACUUCUCGCUUUCAAAUUGUCACAGAAGGGGACAUGCUGCGCCAAAUGCUGAUAAUUUUAGGUGGAGAGUCGAGAUAAAUUAAAGGAGAUGGGAGGUUGCUGCUGUUGUUCUUCUAGGGCAGCUGAACUGAAUAAUACGGUGGAGUAUUAUUAUUACCCAAGAGCAUCAGACGAGCAUGUGCCCUUAUCUCACCAUGGUGGUGCCUCCGCACUCUCUUCAGGGCUCCUGGUUGAUACAAAUCUGGAUACAUCGAUUCCAGACACUUACAGACCACCUCCUACACCUAUGCCUUAUGAUGUGGCUUUAGGGCGUCCUCAAACUCCUCCAGUGGCUCAAGAAAUUUGCAGCAACAAGAGUGAUGCAGCAGUGCAAACAACAAAUUCCAAUUCUGUUGAAGAAAUAGUUGGAGGCAACACUCAAGAAACUUUAACAGAAUGUGAAGAUCUUAAGGAAUCGGAACGCAAAUUGCAAACCAAUAUUGAUCUUGACUCUGCAAAGGAUUCAGAAGUUGAACUUUCAAAGUCAGUGGAAGCUGUUUUUACUGCAAUGGAGGAAGAAGAUGGUUGUCCUGUUUGUUUAGAAGAAUAUGAUGAUGAGAAUCCAAAAAUUACCACAAAGUGUGAGCAUCAUUUUCACCUUGCUUGCAUUCUUGAAUGGAUGGAAAGAAGUGAUUCCUGUCCUGUUUGUGAUAAGGAGAUGAUUUUCGAUCCUCCUAUUGAUUAGCAGCAAUCAGAAGCUCACUUAUGUUCAACCUUUUUGUUGCCUGAAUCAUGGUCUGAGCAAAGGUUACAACCCAUGAGAGUUCUCUCUCUUUUUUGUCCUUUCUUAAGUGGCAGCUACAGAUUGGCUGUGGUUUGGUUAUUUUGGUUCUGAAGGAAUCAUGCCCAUUUCAAAAGCGUAGUGUCUUUGUGCAUUCUCUUUUCUUUUAAGCCUUGAAAAAAAAAGAGUAAAUAGAGACUGCCACCAUACAAUCCCUGAGGUCCACUAUCCAUUUUCUUUCAUUCAUCCAUAGUGCUUUGAUUUUCAUGUUAUCAACAAUAUAUUGGCUUCAGCUGCAUAGAAUUUGAAAGGAUUGCCUUGCUACUUGCUGGUCACAUUGAUUGUCCAAAGAUACAGGUUAAUUUCCCAUACAAAAAAGUUAUAGGUGAACUUUUCUCUUUCUGUCUCUCUGUGAGUAUCACUUUUCUGUUGGUCCUGCAUUAUGUGAUCCAAUUUUCCUCUUCACUCUCUUGAUUUUUUCCUGUUUCUGUGGGUUGUUUGUUGUGAGAUUUAAUCUGUAUAAGGGUAGGGAAAUAUAAAAAGAAAAGACAUGUUUUGUUUCAGAUUCUUCCUGUAAAUAAUAGUCUGAUUUUGGCAUUA